AACUUAUAGAGAUGUUGAUAAUUUUCUUUUUGUUUUGCGUUAGAAAAGUAUAUACCCAGUCUCUGAUUUACGAAGAAUGUGAGCGAUGUGAAGUACGUUUAUCAGAUAUGCUUAAGAUGCUAAAAUCGCUGCAAAAACAAAUAAGCAUAUAUAGGGAGGAACACAUGGAAUUAAGAGCGGAAAUAAGAAGACUAUCAUCAAGGCUGAACAAAACAGAAGUUUUUGUUUGCUCCGCUGAGUGGGUUGAUUAUAGAGGGCAUUGUUACAAGUAUCAUGAGACGAAGAUGACCUGGAAUGAUGCAAAGAUUGCAUGUGAAGAGGAGGGCGCAUACCUUGUGGAGAUUGAGGACAAUUUAGAAUCAGACUGGAUCACGGACCAGUUUCUUAAAAAAGAUUUAUGCUCGUCAUACGAAUUGAAAUGCAUGGUUUGGACAGGUGGAACCGAUAGUGAUAAGGAGGGUGUUUUUAAAUGGAGUCAUUCCAAUAAUACAUUGUACAUUCAACUUCACGAAUUGGAACUCAAAGGAACCGAGUAUAAGUUCCCCGGACGUUGGAAGCUAUGAAGACUGUGUGAGCCUGCUUCCUUCUGGCUAUUGGAACGACGCACCCUGUAGUUUGAACUUUGAUUUUCUGUGUGAAACGUCUUAACAAAGUUUACAUCAAAGUCAGUCGUAGUCGAACUUGAUAUAAUUUAAUAAUACUUAAAAUGAAUGAUAAUUCCAUUUUUAAUUUAGAAC